ACAACCGUCUUAGAGUCUUUUUAUUAGAACAGUGGCAUAAGCUUAUUUUUUCAACAACAUGUUGUAAUUGAUAACAUUAAUUAUGGUCCUGAUGAUCCAUGUAGGUGUGCCAAAGUAAUCACACUGGAAUGCUGGCUCAGUAAUACAGCAAUGAACACCCAGUUGUUCUAUGUAGCUAAUUAAUGCAUGAAAAUCAUUAUUUUAAAAUUGAGAUUUUUACAUCAUCUUAAAGUUGAAUAAAUAAACUUUCCAUUGAUGGAUAGUCUGUUAUGAUAGGACAAUAUUGUUAGGACAUGACAAUAUUUGGCUGAGAUAUAACUAUUUACAAGUACAAAAAAAAUCUAAAUAUUGAGAAAAUCAUCUUUAAAGUUGUCCUUAGCAACACAUAUCACUAAUAAUAACUACAAUUUUUUUAUAUAUUUACAGUAGAUUUUUUUUAAAUCCUCAUGGAUAAUGAUCUUUACAUAAUAUCCUAAUGAGUUUUGGCAUAAAAAAUUUAUGAUUUUGAUCCAUACAAUGUAUUGUUUGCUGUUGCUACAAAUGUACCCAUAUAACUGGUGUUGUUUUGUGCUCCAGAGUCACAUAUUUGACUGAAACAUCUUCAUUUGUAAGCCAUAUAAUUGCAUAUUUUUACUAGCUUGGAUAACAUUGCUGUGAUUACUGUUGUUUUCCAGUCACAACUUGAGGGGAUUGUUGUUAAGUCUUCAGUCAGCUGCUGAUCUGGCUGAGCCUGGCCCCACAUCCAACUGUAUUAAUGUUGUAAGGUCCAAUGUUCUGGAGUGUGCUAUAAGAACAUUCAAGAGGCGGGCCUUUAACCCCACCAAGCAGUUGGAUGUCGUCUUUGUAGAUGCGUGUGGAACUGGGGAAGGGUCAGUGGAUAGUGGGGGUCCCUCCCGGGAAUUUAUAAGGCUCCUCAUGAGGGCAAUCUUGGAGUCACGAUACUUUGUGGGGCCCCAGAACUGCAAGAGCCUUGCUCUUGAUUCCCUUGGCUUGUCUAGAGAAACGUACAAGAUUUUGGGCAUGAUGUUCUCUGUCUGCCUUGUCCAUGGGGGGGUGGGACCCCGUGUGCUAUCCAAGCGGCUAUUUGCACAACUGUCAGGACUCCCUGCUCCCCCUGUGGAUAUGAGAGAGGUUGAUGACACAGAGCUACGUGAAGAACUGGAAAAGAUCCAAAGGUCAGAGACUGUGGAAGAGGCCCGCACAGCCAUGAUAGAGGCAUCUAACAGCCUACACAUGCUUGGUGCGCUGUGUAGGGUGUCGAACCUAGAGGAGAGAGAUGCCAUGGUUCAGGCAGCCCUGACAUAUUAUUUAGAGGGACGUACAGAGAUGCCACUAAAACAACUAAAAGAAGGACUGCAGACGUUAGGGGUCCUAAAUGCCCUGAAGGAGCACUCUCGACUUCUGGAGGAACUUUUUAGUGGUGGAGCGCCCACCUUGACUGCUGCCUCCUUGCUUGACCUAUUUAAAGUUCAGUACUCUCCUAGUGGAAGCAGUAGGAGGGCUUUGGAGGAGGUCACAAUUGCCUAUUGGAGGGAUUGGAUCAUCGAAGUUGAAGAUGGGGAUGCAGCAGUGGAGGUAGAAGGUGGAAAAAAAAUAGAAAUAGCCCUUGAAGAUGUGCUUGUGUUUGCUUCUGGGGCAUCUGCCAUUCCUCCAUUUGGUUUCAGAGAAAAUCCAAGGAUUACUUUCCUUCAUGAGGAACUGAAUGGCAACCAACGGAUGUUCCCAGAAGCAAACACUUGUGCAAUUAUCUUGAAGUUGCCUGUUGGACAAGUAUACGAAGACUUUUGUCAUUUUAUGACAACUGGGAUAGUACAGUCUCCAGUGUUUGGGUUAGUCUAAAAAAAUUCCCCCAACCUUUGUUACAUUCUGUAGCUGUCCCACUAUUUGUGUACAUUUGUUUAUACAUCUUUGUAGUAUAUAAGAAUACACAAUAUAUUUACAAUAGUACUGUAUACGUGUCAUAGCCGUUAAACUGACUGUUCAAAUAAACUGUGUGAUAUAAAAUAAAAACUUGUACUUUUGUCAACUGGGAUAUUGUUAAGUCAGUGCUUGUUUUUACUGUAAUUCUUACAUUUUUUAAAAAAAACUUUACAUAAUUGGAAAAUUUAGUGUAGCAUUUGAUUAUUGUAUGUUGUGUGUGUUUUCUUAAGAGCAGGGUAAAAGCUAUUGGUAUAUCUUGUUGUAUAAAUAGGUAGA